CCAAGCAAGCUCUGUGGCUUUUGCCCUGGGUGCUUAGCGUUAUGCAGCUUACGAUGCGCAUCGUUUUCCCGGCUCUGUCGCCAGAUCCAUACUAUUCUGUAAACUGGGGCGGCGAUGUCCCAAAAAUGGAAGGAAUUACUCUAGGAUAUCAAAAGACUGAAGCAAGCAAUGAAACCUUUGCGCGGAAAGAAGGGAGACACAGCACAUGUGCUCAAGGCUGCCCUCUUUUGGCGAAACACCUAGGCCUGGCCCCUCCGGCGACCUGUAGCGCGGCGGAGCAAGCGCAGAAGGUUAGGCGGGCUGCGCGUCAUCAUGGAGCCCGACGGGACCUACGAGCCGGGCUUCGUGGGUAUUCGCUUCUGCCAGGAAUGUAACAACAUGCUAUACCCCAAGGAAGACAAGGAGAACCGCAUUCUGCUCUACGCGGUGAGCGCCCGGGUCUUCCCCGGCUGGUCCACCUGUUCCCAGCGUGGCCUCGCCCUGUCCCCUGCCUCUGCGACCCGACUCCCUCUUUGCCCCCUGCUGCACCCCAAGUUAUCCCGACUCUCCUGUCCAUCCCUAAAGACCCCGUCCCGUCGUCGUACCUUCCGGGAUCACCCUGCCCUCCCCUCCCAGUCUCAUCCGGAAUCCCUCCGUGACCCCCUUUCCCCUACACUCGCCCUCUCGCAGUGCCGGAACUGUGAUUACCAGCAGGAGGCCGACAACAGCUGCAUCUAUGUCAACAAGAUCACGCACGAAGUGGACGAACUGACCCAGAUUAUUGCCGACGUGUCCCAGGACCCCACGUUGCCGCGGACCGAGGACCACCCGUGCCAGAAGUGUGGCCACAAGGAGGCUGUGUUCUUCCAGUCACACAGUGCCCGGGCCGAGGACGCCAUGCGUCUGUACUACGUGUGCACGGCCCCACACUGCGGCCACCGCUGGACCGAGUGAUCUCACCUCUCCCCCGAGUGUAAUUAACACCAGAUUCCAUGUG